UAUCCAGCUAUUAUUUAUUACCCCAAAGCCUGGGCGCCUCAUUUAUCCUGACUGGAUCUCACAGCGGGAUCUAUCGGUUUCCACUCUUGGACACACUCAGCUGACUUGCCUACCAAAUUAUCUGCUCGACAGAAAACAGGUGGAGCUGAGAAAAAUGAGAAGAGGUUUGCUACUGGUGACUUUGUUCCUCAUUAUGGAAUUUCGGUACAGCCGGUGCAGAUGCGACGAGCCCGGAUCGCGCAGACCAACUUCAGAUCAGACCACAGGCUUAGAUAACUUCAAGCGAAACAUUCUGAAGAGGUACAGCGACUUGGAUUAUGACAGCUUUGUGGGACUGAUGGGCAGAAGAAGUGCAGAGGCCAACGCUGAACAACCACCUCAAAAAAGGGAGAUGGAUGACAUUUUUGUUGGACUUAUGGGACGGAGAAACUCAGAGUCUGAUAAUGUUCCCUGGAGGAGAGUGUAUCCAGAGAGGAGAGGAAUUUUUUUCAACAAGUGUAGGCUGAGGUUACUUCAGGGACUGUAGACACAGAGUUACUUUCAUCUGGCUACAAUGACAGAAUAUCACAAAGAACAUAAACAGCGAACCAAAUGUCUAAUGGAAACAACAAAACAGACGUGAUUCCCACUGUACCUGUCAGCCGGCUUAUGAAAGUCACAAUGUACCAAGCAUACUGUACGGUUUUAUCUGGAGACAAAGCAUAAUUAGAAGUAAUAAAUUCUAUUUCUUUAUCA